AUGGUACAUCAGGAAACCCUUGAAUAUCAAUCUGAAAAUGGCGACGUUUUCGAGGGAAUUUUAAUCAGACCGAGGUAACUUUUGAGACUUCUUCACUAUGUGUUUUUAAUACUUUAUUUUUGAAGUGACGCUGUAGGUGGGAACUUAUUGCCUGGUGUCAUUAUCUACCACGCCUUCAUGGGAAUUACGGACCAUGAAAUUGAAGCCGCCAAGAAAUUGACAAAGAAGGUUUUUUAUUGAAUUUUGAAGCAGUUCAUCACUUUUUGUAGUUAAACGAUAAAUGUAAGGGGAAUCAAGUUGAAAAUCUUCAUUAAAAAUUGCCUUUUUUGGUUCUAAAAGUUUAUUUUCAAGCUCAACGUGAUCGCCUUAGUGGCUGACGUCUAUGGGAAAGAAGUUCGACCUAAGGAGCCUCAAGAAGCUUUCGGAAUCCUGUUGCCGCUUUUGGAGGAACGGGAAAAGAACUUCAGGCCACGACUUGAAGCAACUCUGAGAGCUUUGAAAAGAGUUGAAGGCCUUGAUCAGACAAAGGUGAAAAAAAAACGAACCCAUGGGGAAAAAAAGUCAAACUAAGAUUGAAUUAAAACUAGAUGAAAAUAAAUUGUUUGGUCAUUGAAAAGUAUAGAGAGCAACUUUUUCAAUUGUAAUUUUUUCUGGGAAGUAUAUUUGUUAUUUAUCUAAUUUCUACAUCCCGAGUGUUCCGACUACGUUUGUGCUCCUCUCUGAGAUUUUUUUUUUUUUGAGAUCGUCUUUUGUUGCUUCAAAAUGAGAUUUUCAGAUCGGAGCCAUGGGCUACUGUCUAGGAGGGAUCUGCACCAUCGACAUGGCUCGAUAUAACCUUGACUUCGUAGGCGGCGUGUCUUUUCACGGAAGUUUGAAGCCUCUUCCGAACUUUCCCAUAACCCCGAUAAAGCCGUCGUUAUUAAUUCAGCACGGUGACGCUGAUUCGCAUAUCCCCAAAGAACAAGUGAGCAUGCUUUUUUUCCAGUCGUCUCUAACAAAUUGUUAGGUUCUGUCGUAUUUCUAGUGUGCGAUAGUGUCCAUUAAAAAAUUAUGAAGUUUAGAUCAUUUGCAUUUUUUCAUACAAGUUUAUAAAGGCGAAAAAGUCGUAAACAGAAAAUUUUGUCUGACACAUGAUCACAAAGUAUAAGCGGUUUUGGAAGUGUUUAUUAGCAGGAGAGAGUCUCGGAUCCGAGGGUUGAUAAGUGAGCCCGGAAAGGUCGCUGAAUCUGCUUUUAUUGUUGGCGAGAUAGUGCUCUGACUUCUCUGGAGAGGAAAGGAGAAAGUGGGGUUUCUGUCCGAGCAUUGGCCGCGACAAUGGAAAAACAUUUACUAUUUUUUUUUUUGUUUCUCUAUAUUACACUAGGACGAAAACGCAGUAGAGAAUUUUAAGAUUACAAGAAAAAUGACAAGCGACACAUUUUUGCACACUAUAUCUACGUCCAAAACUAUAACUUCAAGGUCGACGCAUUCAUGACCGAAAUGCGAGAGAGAAACGCAGAUUUCGUCUUUACAUCACAUGCCCAUGCGGAACAUGCUUUCACUGAGCCCAGUAAGUUCAUGAAUUUGAAUUUAAAAUUUAAAAACCUAUUUUAGAAGCCGAUUUGUUCAAAAAACCUGGAGUCUCCUACAAUAAGAAAGCUGACAAAAGAUCCUGGUGCGCCAUGCUCAACUUUUUCGAGGAGCUUUUUCACGCAAAACUUUGA